AUGGAACACUUAAAUGACAAUGACUUGGACAGAUUGACUUAAAGAUAUAUAGAAUUAAGAAAAGUCAACAGGAAAAUUCACUUGUGCAUUUAUUAUUUCAGACAGAAGUGUCUUAAGCUAGCAGAAAAUUGUCAAUUCGCUCACGGCAUAUCAGAUAUGACACGUCUUCCACCUUAAUAAUUAAAAGAGAUUAAGAAAGAACUCUUCUCAAUCAAAAGUCAUUUAUAGGCCAUGAAAAAGGCAGUUCUUUUUAACUGGCAGACAAGAGAAUAUGAGGUAUACACUUAUGAAGAGCUAGAAAAGCUAAAAUAAGAACUUAUCUAAAAAGGUAUAGACAGCAAUGACAUUGUUAAUAAUGAAGUAAUUGCUGAACUUAUCAAAGAAGAUGAAGAAAGGAAAAAAAUGACUAUGGGCUAGAUUGAAAGAGAGACUACGUAGGGCAAAAAAUUCAGCAAACUUAAGAAAACUAUGUAUGGACAUUAUGAAAGCCAAAAAGCACAAACAUAAAGUCAAUAGGAGGAGAUAAAGGUUUAAGAUCAUGAUUAAAUAGAGGAAAUAGGAGAGUAGUUCGAUGAAGUAAAUAUUUGUGACUAAUCAGAGUAAAUAGAUACAGAUGAUAUACUUUUAACAUCAGACAGAUAAAUGGAGCUGGAAAGACUUAAGCAGAUUGAAGAAGAAAAGCUUAUCUUAAGACCAUGGUAAGUAAAAAUCACAGCAGAAUUCAUGAGACUACUCUUCUAAGAGGUAGGCUAAAACUGCAUCCUCUAUAAGUCUAUAGUUAUUAAGAAAUUUAUUGAGGCAGGUGUACCCUUGACUUGGAAUAAGCUAUGCUCUGCAUAAGUUGUUUAUGAAAAGAAGACUUGUUUUCCGCCUUGGAAUCUGAAGAGAUCAUUCAUUCUAGUGCUUCCUAUUAAUGAUGUUGACUAAAAUAAUCAAGUUGUUUAGAAAUGUGCUACUUAGAUAAUAACUUAAAUGAUUGAUGAUUAGAAGGAGAAUUUUAAAUUGCCAAUUUAAGUCACUGAGAUUUCAAAGAUUUAUCAUAAGAUUAUAAACUUAAGGGAUCCUCCUUUGUUUAUCGUUGCUAAGCAAUAAUGCUAAAGUUUGGAAGGCUAUUUCUACAGAAUAUUAGAGACAAACGAAACAAUUAAAUAUAAUAUAGUGCAGCAUUUAAAAUCUAACUACUCUGAAUUUGAUUGGGCUUAAAAUUUGAUAGAGAAAAUUGAUAUUUAGCAAUAUACUCUAUUCUUACCAACUUAAAGUAAGAGAUUCCCAUUAUCAAAAAUUUUCCACGAAGAACUUGAGAAGAGGGUAUUUGUUAAUGGAAUAACCUAAGUAGAAACUCUUUAUAAUCACUUGAGAACAAAAUUUAGCGAUUCGAUUACAAAAGAUGACCAUUUAGAAAAGAUUGUGCCGAUUAGCUUCUUAAAGCUAUAAUAUCGAAUAAUAAAGUUAGGCUCAGCGAAUAUCUUCUUAAAUGAAUUUCAUUAGUAAUAAUAAGACAUCCAUACAAUUUUAGAGUACAGCGUAGUGCAAUGUUCACUAUGUUUGUAAAAUCCACAAACAAUCUCUUCAAUAAGUACCGAUAAUAUCUAGCAAUUCGAGGAAAUACAGUACAUAAAAGACAAGAACAACAAAAUUUUGAUAGUUAAUGAUGAAAAUACCUUAAGUUUAGCAUCGAGUAUUCUUAGGUAAUAAGAAUCAGUAGGAGUUGAUUUAGAAGGUAGAUUAAAAAGGAAUGGUUAUAUAGUUCUAUUACAGUUAGGCUGCGCAGAUGAAGUAGUUAUAAUCUUUGAUAUUUAUAUGCUUGAGUAGGAUCUUGUUUUGAUGGAAAAAGCUUAAAAUGUUUUGAGCUUCAUUUUUAUGAAUGAAAGCAUUCGUAAGGUAUUCUUCGAUGGAAGGAAAGAUAUUGAAGCCUUGCACUUCAUUCUUAAUAUAGGGGUCAGGAAUAGUUUUGAUAUUUAGGCUGUUCAUAUGCUGUUUUGCUAACUGAAAGAGCUGAAGAAAAAUAGAAAGCAUUAUGAGAUUAAGGGAGUUAACACUCCUGGUUUAAAUGAUGUGUUAAAAAGAUAUCCAGUAAAAAAUGGAGUAAAUACAUUCAAGGAUAAAUUUAAGGAGAUUUUUAAUGAUUUCAUCAAAACUAAUGAAAUCUUCUACAACAGGCCUUUGAACCCUGAAUUUAUUAGUUAUGCUGCCUAAGAUGUCUAGGAUUUAAGCUAAUUAGCUGAUAUUUUGACACAAAAUUUAAUGGAUAUCGCAAAGCCAGAGACAACAGUUCACUACUGGUAGAAGGUUAUCAACAAAGUAAGUUUAAGCUAUGCAUAGAUAGCUUGUAAAAAGUUUGUUGAAUACGGCGUUACUCAUCAAAUUAAUUAAUGA